GCCUGAGCACUCGUUUAAUAUACGAGGACGUUGCAUGUUAAAAGAAAAGAAUAUAUAGAUUAACCUUGAUAAAUAAGGGUUAUUUGGUAUAUACUAGCUAGUAUUAGCAGCGUUUACAGUAAAAAAACAGUGACGUAUUUAACUACACUGAACAAAUACCAAAUAAUCGUGUUGGCUCAGUCAAAUGGCGAGUAUAGGGCAGCUACACUCUCUUUGGCAGUUGCACAGAGCUAGCUAGUAGGCUAUCCUCUUUCGAUUAACGCCAAACAAAAUUACGAAUAGAAAAUGAGAUAUCACACAGGUUAAUUUUUGAGUAAGUUACUUGGUUUGUCUUAAUGGCGUUGAAUUAAUGAAAGGAGGUAAACUCUGAAAACAGGCCAGAGUUCGGGAUUUUCUUUUCGCCUCUCGCUUCACAAGCGUACAUGCAGAGACUCAUCUUUAUACAUAAGUGGUCUUUGUUAGAAGGAAACCACAACUGAGCUGCACCACGGGGAAAAACCAAGACGACGCUGUAGGCGUGUCUAUCAACUUUAUCAUUUCUUUCAGGAAGUAGACAUAUUUUAUUUCUCGUGCCAUAACUUUUCUUUUGCGUGCGAUAGAAACACGUUGAUGGUGAGCUUUGGUUGAGGAACUGUCAUGUCGGACUCUUUGGAACGGUCCACGAAGAUCAACUCGUUGAAGGAGCCGGUUGUGAAGAGGCUGUGUGAGGUGCUGGACAAAUCCAGCACUAAAGGAUGGCGAAAACUUGGAGAGAUUGUUGGCAAUGAUAGACGGUUUAAAGUCAGCUCGGACGACAUGGAGAUGUGCUCGCUGAAGGUGCUGGAGCUGGAGGGAAGCCCGAGUCUCAUGCUGCUGAGGCUGAUGGGAGAGCGAGGCUGCACCACAGGCCAUCUGAUAGACUACCUCCAAACUUUAGGCAACUCAGAGGCUCUGCAGUGCCUGAAACCGCCAGCCCUCCAGAUCCUCAUUCAGCCCCAGUCUGUAUCCAUUAUAUGUGGCCACAAUCUGCGGCUCAGCUGCCAUGCUGUGGGCAAGUCCCCAGUACAGUACCAGUGGUUCAAAUCUAAGGAAGAGGUUCCAAACAGCUUCUCCCCAGACUUGGUAAUAAGUCCAGUCCAGAUGAAGGAUGCUGGUUUUUACAUCUGCAGAGUCAACUGUGGAGAUGCCUUUGAGUUCAGCCACUGGGCUCAGGUGGAUGUCCUGAAUGUCACCUUGUGUUACGGGCAGAGUUAUCACUUUUUAGAUGGUCGACAAAAGGUGGUGAUCCAGCCUCAGUCCCAGCGGCUACAUGUUGGGGAAGAUUUGCAGCUGGAAUGCGGAGCCGUGGGACGGCCGAUUCCUCGAUACCAGUGGCACAGAAAUGGAGUCCCAAUUCCGAAUUCUACAAAGAGGAAACUUAUGAUUCCUCACGUGAUGCAGGAACAACAAGGCAGAUAUCGCUGUGAGAUCAGCAGCAGCUCUGAGAGAAUGUGGACCAAUGAAGUUGAUGUUGUGAUAGAUGACAUUUACGCCAUUGGAGAAGGUUCCAAUGAAUUCUUCCUAAACAGUAUUCCUGAACAACUUUAUGCAACUGACAAAGUGGCCCUGCUGAUCGGAAACCUGUCUUACCAGAACCACCCGCAGCUUAAAGCUCCAAUGGUGGAUGUUUAUGAUCUCACUAACCUCCUGCGGCAGCUAAACUUCAAGGUGGUUUCGCUACUAGACCUCACAGAGUCAGAGAUGAGAAAUGCUGUAGAUGAGUUUCUACUGCUGCUUCACAAAGGAGUCUAUGGUCUGCUGUACUAUGCUGGUCACGGAUAUGAAAACUAUGGAAACAGUUUCAUGGUGCCAGUAGAUGCUCCAAAUCCGUACCGCUCAGCCAACUGUUUGUGUGUGCAGAGCAUCCUUAAACUGAUGCAGGAAAAGGAGACGGACCUCAAUGUUUUUCUGCUGGACAUGUGCAGGAAGAGGAAUAUUCACGAUGACAGCACUUCAAACGUCGUCCUGAGGGUUACCGCCAACAUUGUCUUUGGAUAUGCUACGUGCCAAGAUGCAGAGGCCUUUGAGCUAAGCUCCACCGGCUUCACCAACGGUGUGUUUGUCAAGUUUCUGAAGAAGCGCCUGCUGGAUGACGAGAAGAUCACUGUGGUGCUGGACAGAGUCGCCGAGGAUAUGGGCCAGUUUGACGCUACAAAGGGGAAGCAGGCUCUGGAGAUCCGCAGCAGUCUGUCGGAGAGGAGAGCGCUGACGGAUCCUAUUUUGCCCGGAGACAGCGCUGAUCUCGCUCAUGCCCACAGCCGACAGUGGGCAAAAGCUCACGAACUUCCUGAGAGUAUGUGUCUCAACUUUGACUGCGGCGCUCAGAUUAAGUUGGGCUUCGCUGCGGAGUUCUCCAAUGUGCUCGUGAUUUACACUCACAUCGUUAAGAAACCUACAGACAUGUCCUUCUGUCAAGCACACGUCACUGACUUCUCACAGGACCUUGAUGUAGAUCCUAAAUUGAUGAAUAGAGAAACUCCAGAAGAGACAGGGAUCUACCUCCUGUCCAGCAGUCUGCCGCAACACUGUCUCUACACCAGACUCAGCUCACUGCAGAAGCUUAGGGAGGAGCUGGUCUUCACCGUGUGCCUUCAGGGAACCUUCACUGCUAUGGACGACGAUCAUCCGAUCCACUGGACGAAAAGCGUCAACAUUGGAAAGCCGCUGAUAGCCCGACUGGAUCUCCACCGGGCCAUGCGGCGAAACAGCUGCCUGCAGACCUGCCUGAUGCCCCACAGUCCAUCCCACAGCCCCUGUCACAGCCCUGGACCCGAACACCGCCACCACCUCUAUCACGGGUCACACCAGGCCCAGGACUACAACCGCCUCUCCCCGCAGCAUCGCUAUUUGGACAUCGGUGAGCAUCUGCAGGGCGCAGUUGGAGGCUGCGGGGAUAUCUACUAUGAAAAUCUCAGCCAGUGUCGCUAUGACCCACCGUACACCUCCGGUGGGCUUUCGAGCUCACCAGGCAGGCUCAGCAUUCCCAUAGAGACCACAGACGACAUCAACGAGCUGCAGACUGUGUUCAUCAACAGUCUGCAGCUACAGCCACAGUGAGACAGAAUAGAAGCUUUAAAUGUCUGUAGUUCUGAAUCUAUAUUACUGCUGCUCUUGUUGUUACAUAUUUCAAAUGUAUAUUUUAUACAUCGGUUGUUUCAGAAAGUGUUAUGCUGACCUUUGUAAAUCUGUUUUGAGAACUGAAAACAUGUAUUUGAGUAAACUGACUAAUAGGUCCUCAUGUAACAGUAUUUCAGAGACUUAAAAAUAGAGCUGAAACUAUUUUUCUUAGCCAGAUGCAUUUAAACUACAAACUAGGUGGGCAUUAAAAUAAAAACGGUACAUGGUAUGCAUUUUAUCAAAUAAACCUGAGAAAAAGA